AUGUUUACUCCGAAAAUUGGCUUGAUCGUGUGCAGCACCAGGAAACCACGUGCGUGUCCACAGAUUGCACAAUUUGUUGUCGACGCAGUCCAAUCCACGGCAACCCAGCAAAGCAAUGCCACCCCAAUUCCUCAACUGAUUGAUCUGGCUGAAUGGAAUCUUCCAAUGUAUGACGAAUCGGAUAUACCGUCCCAAAUCACCGAUUCUUCGCAGUAUGACCAUCAGCACACACGAGAGUGGAGCCAGGAAAUCAAGCAAUAUGACGCGUUUAUCUUUGUGGUUCCUCAAUACAACUGGAGCUACCCGGCCGUCAUCAAGAACGCCAUAGACUACCUCUACCAUGAAUGGAAUGGGAAACCAGCUUUUGUGGUCAGCUACGGCGGACAUGGAGGUGGAAAGUGUAAUAGACAUCUCAGAGAAGUCCUCCAGGGUGUGCGUAUGAAAACGAUAUCGAACAACGUUGAGCUGGCGUUUCCCGGAAGGGACAUCUUAGUCAAGGCUGCAAGAGGCAAGGAUAUUGGGCUUCAAGAUGAUGCCGAUAUAUGGAAGGAAGAACGAGGGCAAAUUCUGAAUGCAUUUGAAGAGCUUUUAAAGGAGAUUCCGCAUGUCGCAUAG